AUGGAAACUCAGAAGGCCUCUUUCAUCUUUCCAGUAGCACAGGACAACUCAAUUUAACAAGAGACUUGUCAGAGCAGAGUGUUCCUUUAUAUUACUCUUUGACAGUCACUGCUACAGAUUUUGGAGUGCCACCUCUUUCCACGUCUGCCAAGGUGUCAAUAAUGAUUGUUCCCAGCAACAUUUCAUACCCACUGUUCUCUGAGGCAGUCUACAAACCCACCCCUCUGAGUGAGAAGGCACUGCCAGAUACAUUUGUAGUACAGAUCAGUGUGUUGUAUAAUGCCCCCGUGAUAUACAGUAUUGUAUCUGGUGAUCAAAAUGGGUAUUUUGUUAUUGAUCCAUCCACGGGUAUCAUAAGAACAAGAAAGAACUUGACUGUAGAACAUUUUCCAGUCUAUCUUGAUGUGCAAGCAACAGAUUCAUCUAACUCUAACAUACAUAACCAAGUUCUUGUGAACAUAGAAGUCAUUGAUGAAAACGAUUUUGCUCCAGUUUUUCCAUCCUCUCUAGUAGAAGAAAAUUUGGAGGAGAAUUUACCCGCUACUCAGAUUGUGCAGCUGAAAGCUCAGGAUAAUGAUGCAGGCAGAAAUGGUUUCCUAACAUAUGGCAUACUCAGCGGAGAUAGCCUAAAAUUUGGAAUAGAGGAAGCUACAGGAAUCCUUUAUUCCAUCACCUCCUUUGAUUAUGAAGAGGAAGCUACAGAAUAUCAGAUUGUGGUAUAUGCUGAAGAUGAUGGAAUCCCUGAGAAGAAAAGGGGUUAUUGCACAGUUGUAAUAAAGAUCAUUGAUGUUAAUGACUGGCCACCCGUGUUUGAUCCAGUGAACACAUUCAGUGUAGAUGAAAACGUGCCGGUGGGAUUCAUAGUUGGGAAAGUCACUGCAACAGACAGAGAUACAGGAGACAAUGCCUUUGUUCUAUAUAACAUCACAGGUGGUGGAGGAAAUAUAUUUGAAAUCGAUGAAAUACAUGGGGAUAUUAAGAUAAAGACCUCUCCAGACUAUGAAACCAUGAAUAACUACAGCCUUACAGUGAGCGCAGUCAACAAUAAAUCCGCUCCUUUUUAUCAGGCGACUGCUACUGUCACGGUUCUAGUGAUUGAUGUGAAUGAUAAUGCUCCAGUAUUUGUUCAGAAUUCCUAUUCUGCUUCUAUAAAUAUGAUUAAUCCUGUAGGUGCUCCUGUCAUAACUGUGAAUGCCACGGACAGAGAUCAGGGGCAAAAUGGCCUUGUUGGAUAUUACAUCCUCCCCGAUAUAAACUUCACCCAGUUCUUCCUGAUAGAAGAUAGGAGUGUGGGGAAAAUAAUAACAACUGGAAACCUGUCCAGAUCAGGAGAGAUCCAUUUAACAGUAAUGGCUGAAGACCAUGGUUCUCCAUCAUUAAACAGCACUGCUACGAUUACUCUUAAUGUGCUUGACAACCGCCCAUUUGUUCCUCAGUUUGACAACGCAGAAAUCAGUGUUUCAGUUAUGGAAAACACAGGAGUGGAUUAUUUAAUUUACACUUUUGCUGUGUCUGAAACUUUAGGAAAGCAGAUUGAUUACACAAUUGUAUCUGGCAAUAAUGCAGGUCAUUUUACACUGGAUCAAAAAAGUGGCCAGCUGAAAACAGUAGUUAAUUUGAACUAUGAAGAAGUUUCUCAGUAUGUAAUUUUCAUUGAAGCGAAUGAAAACACCUCAUCUGCUGCACGAGCCCAGCGUUCAGAGAAAACAGGCUUGUCUUUAACUGGAAGUCCUGGUGUGAAAGAUGACAAGCGGGAGGCGGUCAGGGCUGAGCACCAAGGAAAAGGCGCAGCUUCCUCAGCCAUGCAAACACCCACAGGGACCUACCUCAGCCUGAGGAGAGGGUCCUAG